CAAACUACUGGAUACAGGUGCAUCGAUUGGAACAUGGAGAUGGAGGAAUACUAGACCUUGACGACAUCCUCUGUGAUGUAGCAGAUGAUAAAGACAGACUGGUAGCAGUGUUUGAUGAGCAAGAUCCACAUCAUGGAGGUGAUGGCACCAGUGCCAGCUCUACAGGUACCCAGAGUCCAGAGAUAUUUGGCAGUGAGUUUGGCACCAACAAUGUUUCAGCCUUUCAGCCUUAUCAAGUAACAAGUGAAAUUGAGGUCACACCUUCUGUCCUUCGUGCAAAUAUGCCUCUUCAUGUCCGACGAAGCAGUGACCCAGCUUUAAUUGGCCUCUCAACUUCUGUCAGUGAUAAUAACUUUUCCUCUGAAGAGCCUUCGCGGAAAAACCCCACACGCUGGUCAACAACAGCAGGAUUCCUCAAGCAAAACACUGUAGGAAGCCCAAAGACCUGUGACAGGAAGGAUGAGGAUGGGACAGAAGAAGAAAACAGCCGUGUUGAACCUGUUGGACAUGCUGACACUGGUUUGGAGAACAUGCCCAACUUUUCUCUGGAUGAUAUGGUAAAGCUCGUACAAGUACCCAACGAUGGAGGGCCUCUGGGAAUCCAUGUAGUGCCUUUCAGUGCUCGAGGAGGCAGAACCCUGGGGUUAUUAGUAAAACGAUUGGAGAAAGGUGGUAAAGCUGAACAAGAAAACCUGUUUCAUGAGAAUGAUUGCAUUGUCAGGAUUAAUGAUGGUGACCUUCGAAACAGAAGAUUUGAACAAGCACAACAUAUGUUUCGCCAAGCCAUGCGUACACCCAUCAUUUGGUUCCAUGUGGUUCCUGCAGCAAAUAAAGAGCAGUAUGAACAACUAUCCCAAAGUGAGAAGAACAAUUACUAUUCAAGCUGCUUCAGCCCUGACAGCCAGUAUAUUGAUAACAGGGGUGUGAACAGCGCGGGGCUUGCGGCUCUGCAGAGAGCUCCCCGCCUGAAUCACCCACCUGAGCAGAUAGACUCUCACUCACGACUACUACCUCAGAGCUCACACCUCUCUGCAAAACCACCCACAGCUCCAACUCCAGCUCCAGCUCCAGCUCCACUGCCCCAAAGUGUAUUUAGUACAAGUGUAAGCAGUGGCUAUAACACCAAAAAAAUAGGCAAGAAACUUAACAUCCAGCUUAAGAAAGGUACAGAAGGUUUGGGGUUCAGCAUCACUUCUAGAGAUGUAACAAUAGGUGGCUCAGCUCCAAUUUAUGUGAAAAACAUUCUCCCUAGGGGUGCUGCCAUUCAAGAUGGCAGACUCAAGGCAGGAGACAGACUUAUAGAGGUAAAUGGAGUAGAUUUAGCAGGCAAAUCCCAAGAGGAAGUUGUUUCCUUGUUGAGAAGCACUAAGAUGGAAGGGACUGUGAGCCUUCUGGUCUUUCGCCAAGAGGAUGCCUUCCACCCAAGGGAACUGAAAGCAGAAGAUGAAGACAUUGUCCUCACACCUGAUGGCACCAGGGAAUUUCUGACAUUUGAAGUUCCACUUAAUGAUUCAGGAUCAGCUGGUCUUGGUGUCAGUGUCAAAGGUAACCGAUCAAAAGAGAACCAUGCGGAUUUGGGAAUCUUCGUCAAGUCCAUUAUUAAUGGAGGAGCAGCAUCUAAAGAUGGAAGGCUUCGGGUGAAUGAUCAACUGAUAGCAGUAAAUGGAGAAUCCCUCUUGGGCAAGACAAACCAAGAUGCCAUGGAAACCCUCAGAAGGUCUAUGUCUACUGAAGGGAACAAACGAGGAAUGAUCCAGCUCAUCGUUGCCAGGAGGAUAAGCAAGUGCAGUGAGCUAAAGUCACCUGGAAGCCCCUCUGGACCUGAGCUGCCCAUUGAAACCAUGUUGGAUGACAGAGAACGAAGAAUUUCCCAUUCCCUCUAUAGUGGUAUUGAGGGGCUUGAUGAAUCACCUACAAGAAAUGCUGCUCUCAGUAGGAUAAUGGGUAAAUACCAGCUCUCCCCCACAGUGAAUAUGCCCCAAGAUGACACUGUCAUUAUAGAAGAUGAUAGGUUACCAGUGCUUCCUCCUCAUCUCUCUGACCAGUCAUCUUCCAGUUCCCAUGAUGAUGUGGGAUUCGUGACAACAGAUGCUGGCACGUGGACUAAGGCUGCAAUCAGUGACUCGGCAGAUUGCUCUUUGAGUCCAGAUGUUGAUCCAGUUCUUGCUUUUCAACGAGAGGGAUUUGGACGCCAGAGUAUGUCAGAAAAACGCACAAAACAAUUUUCAGAUGCCAGUCAAUUGGAUUUCGUAAAAACGCGAAAAUCAAAAAGCAUGGAUUUAGGUAGUUCCCCCAGCAGGGAUGUGGGACCUUCCCUGGGUCUAAAGAAGUCAAGCUCCUUAGAGAGUCUGCAGACCGCUGUUGCUGAAGUGACUUUGAAUGGGGAUAUUCCUUUCCACCGCCCGCGACCACGGAUUAUCAGGGGACGGGGGUGCAAUGAGAGCUUCAGAGCUGCUAUUGACAAGUCUUAUGAUAAACCUUCAGUAGAUGAUGAUGAUGAAGGCAUGGAGACAUUGGAAGAAGACACAGAAGAAAGUUCAAGAUCAGGAAGAGAGUCUGUAUCCACAGCCAGUGAUCAGCCUUCACAUUCUCUGGAGAGACAAAUGAAUGGAAACCAAGAGAAAGGUGACAAGACUGAUAGGAGAAAAGAUAAAGCAGGGAAAGAAAAGAAGAAAGAAAGAGAUAAGGAAAAGGACAAAAUAAAAGCCAAGAAGGGAAUGCUGAAGGGUUUGGGAGACAUGUUCAGGUUUGGAAAACAUCGAAAAGAUGACAAGAUUGAGAAAACGGGUAAAAUAAAAAUACAGGAGUCCUUUACAUCAGAAGAGGAGAGAAUACGAAUGAAGCAGGAGCAGGAAAGGAUUCAAGCCAAGACUCGAGAAUUUAGAGAACGACAAGCUAGAGAGCGUGACUAUGCUGAAAUACAAGAAUUUCAUCGGACAUUUGGAUGUGAUGAGGAGUUGAUAUACAGGGGAAUUUCUUCCUAUGAAGGUUCCAUGGCUCUUAAUGCCAGACCCCAGAGCCCCAAAGAAGGGCUGAUGAUGGAUGCUUUGUAUGCUCAAGUGAAGAAGCCACGGAAUUCCAAAUCUUCAGCUGGAGACAGCAACAGAUCAACUCCUAGCAACCAUGAUCGGAUACAGCGUCUUAGGCAAGAAUUUCAGCAAGCAAAACAGGAUGAAGAUGUAGAAGACAGGCGACGUACCUAUAGCUUUGAACAACCCUGGCCAAACUCCAGACCUACGGCACAGAGCGGCAGGCACUCAGUGUCGGUGGAGACGCAAAUGCAACGCCAGAGGCAGGAGGAGCGGGAGAGUUUCCAGCAAGCCCAGCGCCAGUACAGCUCUUUGCCUCGGCAAAGCAGGAAAAAUGCCAGCUCUGUGUCCCAGGAUUCCUGGGAGCAGAAUUACUCCCCUGGAGAAGGUUUCCAGAGUGCCAAGGAGAACCCCAGGUACUCCAGCUACCAAGGGUCCAGAAAUGGCUACCUGGGCGGGCAUGGCUUCAACGCCAGGGUGAUGCUGGAGACCCAGGAGCUCCUUCGCCAGGAGCAGAGGCGGAAAGAGCAACAGAUGAAGAAGCAACCUCCUCCUUCCGAGGGACUCAACUAUGACUCAUAUAAGAAAGUCCAGGACCCCAGUUACACCCCCCCCAAGGGACCCUUCCGGCAGGACGUGCCACCAUCCCCUUCUCAGGUCGCCAGACUGAACAGACUCCAGACUCCGGAAAAAGGGAGACACUUCUAUUCCUGAGGAGAAGAAUGGAUGCUUCGUGUCUUGCAAUAAAGGACAUUUUCCUAUUGAAGACUUGUACUGGGGAGUUUUUUAAAACCACAUGGUACUAUGGAAUCUUUCUAUUGUUGGUAUCAGUGCCUUUAAGCAGUGUGGGCAAAGAAAUGGAAGGCCUUAAUGUCUUUGCCACUGUGUUGCAAGCAGCUAUUUCAUGGAAGGAUUUCCCAACAUCUGACAAUCAUCUGUUUGAGGCAUUCACAUGCUCUACAUCUCUCUGGAGUACGAGGAAUCUUGGCCAGUUGGUGAGAUGUCCGUGACUUCGUGUUGCAGCCCAUACUUUUCGACAAAAAAUUUCUUUGACAUUGAAGAUGAUGUUGAUCCCUUUUUUCCUUUAAAUUUUCUUAGAUAGGAGGCAACAUCUCAGUGUCUGGUGGAUGAAAGCAGAAAUUGGGCCUUCACUUCAUAGAACAGUCAUUUCUUGUACUUUGUAAUCAAUAUGGUUUUCCCUAUUCUUUCUUAGCUCCUCUUAACAGGAAGGUUCCUUCAUCUUAUUCAGAAAGCUUAGCCAUAUUGCAACACUGUCUGGUUAUCAUGGGGGUUCUUUUGAAAUUGCCUUAUAAAUCAACGUUACCAAUAAAGUGAUUGUUCUGGUCUGUGUUUUUAAAUACACUUGUUCAGUCAUGUUCCUAACACAUGUUGAGUCACCACAACUCUGUGUGGGGAACGUGGGAAUGACCCCCCAGUGGGGGAGGAACUGGGCCUGCCCAUCCGCCCUGUGUGUGUCAUGAUGUGGGAAGUGGUGGCUAAGAAAAGAAUUCUCCUAGGAUGAGCUUCUGGCCCAGUACAUCCCAGUAAUUAUUUUAAUUAAUUUUCAUUUGACAGGUUGGCAGGAAGGGCACAGAGUGGGACAAAGAUAAAUCAGACAGUCAUUUUUAGAUUCUAAAACUCAUCUACUUUCUACAGUUUUCAAGUCAAUUGGAAAUGACAUUUGUCUCAUGUGUCCUCAUGUUGUAUCUCUGCCUGCUGAUGCCAUCCAAAUAAUUUGGCCAUGAGACAGAAAAGACAAGUCAGGGAUAAGCCAUCACACAUCUCAGAGAACAUUUCUGUGUUCCCUAAAUAAAAUAACAAAUAAUUGCUCCUGUGUCAUUAUUUUAAUCUACAUGUGGGUCACCAGCACCACGGUCGCCCCUGUGUUUUCAUCUUGUGGACUUGAACACCAUGUAUUGUAAACCAUGGCUGGGUUGCUAAAGUGCCUGUAAAUCCUGAUGUGAAAAAGCUUGAGAUGAAAGUUCGGCAUACCAUGUAUGAACAAACAACAAAAGACAGAUACUGAUAUGCCUUUUUUUUUUUUUUU